AUGCCCUACAAGUGCUUCCAAUGUGGUAAAUCCUUUAGCGAAAAUGGCAACUUGGUGAUACAUCUAAGAACUCACAGCGGGGAGAAGCCAUAUGACUGUCCAGAUUGUGCAAAACGUUUCAUUGGAUAUUCCCACCUUGUGAGACACCUGAGGACUCACACAGGAGAGAAACCCUUUGAAUGUCCUGUUUGUGGGAAAGGUUUCAGUAAGAAUUCUGUCCUGGUGAAACACCAGAGGACUCACACUGGAGAGAAACCAUUUGAAUGUCCUGUUUGUGGGAAACGUUUCAGUCAGAAUUCUAAUCGGGUGAACCAUCAGAGGACUCACACAGGAGAAAAACCCUUCGAAUGUCCUCUUUGUGGGAAAUGUUUCAGACAGAAUUACGACCUGGUGAAACACCAGAGGACUCACACUGGAGAGAAACCAUUUGAAUGUCCUGUUUGUGGGAAAUGUUUCAGUGAGAAUUCUCACCUGGCAAAACACCAGAGGACUCACACAGGAGAAAAACCCUUUGAAUGUCCUGUUUGCAGGAAAAGUUUCAGUCAGAAUUCUGACCUGGCGAAACACCAGAGGACUCACACAGGAGAAAAACCCUUUGAAUGUCCUGUUUGUGGGAAAAGUUUCAGUCAGAAUUCUAACCUGGUGAACCACCAGAGGACUCACACAGGAGAGAAACCGUUUGAAUGUUCUGUUUGUGGCAAAGGUUUCUGUCAGAAUUUGAACCUGGUGAUAUACUGGAGGACUCACAGAGGAGACAAAUCUGGCUGCUCUUCUCUGGCUGAAGCAACUUCGAAGUUGCCUAACUUGUCCGACGCCCAGUCUCAUCAGGACCUGAAUAAGAUCUCAGCAGCCCUGGAGUAUUCAACCGACGCCACUCUCAAUGCGACCAGGUUUUCGGCGAAAUCUCUCGGUUCCACCAUAACAUCCCGUCGCCUCUUGUGGCUCCGUAGUUGGCAGGCAAAUGGCAACUUGCUUCUGCGCCAUACACUGCGGGCACCCUAUUCGUUACUGGAGCUGUCUCGUCUUUUGGGCAAGAUGGUGUCUAUGUUUGGGAUUACCCCGUGGUCUCGCUUACACAGCAGGGAACUUCAGUGGCUCCUGCUUCCAUACCAGAAGGCCCAACGCGACAAUUCGCUCUCACGUCUGCAGCUGCCAGAUCCAGUCCUCCGAUCCUUACAAUGGUGGACCUCCAAUGCCAUCUCUCAGGGCACUUGCUACAGGGAACCGCAUCACGUUCAGCUUACCACCGACGCCAGCCUUACGGGUUGGGGUGCCCAUCUCCUUCAUCUCAUGGCGCAAGAUCAGUGGUCCGUGAGAGAGAGCCUCCUCAAUAUCAACUUGCUAGAGUUGAGGGCUGUUCGUCUCACCCUCAGCCACUUUCGCUACCAAGUAGCGGGCAAAGAUGUCUUGGUCCUUAUGGACAACACCACUGCCAAGGCCCACAUCAACAGAUUGGGGGGCACUCGCUCCCGGUCCCUCAUGGCAGAGGCUCUUCAACUAGGCCUGUGGGCAGAGGAACACCUGAAUUCCAUCAAGGCGGACCACAUUUCAGGGUCAGCAAAUAUCCAAGCGGACGCCCUCAGCCGGAACCUCAUGGAUCACAGGGAGUGGAGCAUUCCACCAGAUCUCUUCCUCGAAAUAUCAGCCAGGUUCGGGACUCCCCUGGUGGAUCUCUUCGCCUCAUCGGCCAACCACCAGGUUCCCCGAUACUUCUCCAGGUAUCCGGAGCCCAGGGCCGAAACUCUCUCCGCAGCCGUGGCCAGCAGGGCUGCUAAAGGCAUUCCCGCCCAUCCCGGUGAUUCCCAGAGUGAUCCGGAAGCUCCUAGAAGCCAGGGCAGAGCUGAUCCUCCUGGCUCCUUACUGGCCCCAGCGGCCUUGAUUCGCGGACUUAAUGUCCCUGUCUGUGGCUCCUCCUUGGCGCCUACCAGAUUCCAAGGUGCCUCUGACUCAGGGGUCCCUUCAUCAUCCGGAUCCAACGUGGCUUCGCUUGACUGCCUGGCGGUUGAGCGGCUCAUCUUGAUGGCUGCCAACCUUCCUCCGGACGUCAUUGCCACCAUCCAGGCUGCUCGCCGUUCCUCCACAAUGUGUAUAUAUGAGGCCACUUGGCGUUCCUUUUCCGCUUGGUGCUCCAGAGCUUCUCUCUCUCCUACGACAGUCACCAUCGCUCACGUGUUAUCCUUCCUCCAGGACGGUCUCAAGACGGAUCUAGCACCUAAUACCCUUCAGCGACAGGUGGCAGCCCUAGCGUCAGUCCUGGCAUUCGGUUCCACCGAAUCACUCUCUCGGCAUCCUAUUAUCCGGAAUUUUCUUCAAGGGGCUGCCAACCUGCGUCCUCCAGUUGUCCACCGCUUUCCUACCUGGAACCUCAACAAGGUCCUCAACGCCUUGACGGCUUCUCCGUUUGAGCCCCUUCGCGAGGUUUCUCUUCGUCUCCUUUCCUUCAAGGAGUUUCUUCUCCCAAAUUUCUGCUCGGGUCCUUCACAUCAACUCGAACGCUCAUGGCAUACCUUGGACGUCUGCCGGGCUCUGAAGGUCUACAUCUCCAGGACGGCUUCAAUCCACAAGACGGAAGCUCUCUUCGUGGCAUUCCAGCCUGCAAAUAUUGGUUCCCAGGUUUCGGGUCCUGCCUUGGGUUGGUGGCUCAGAGCCACUAUCACCAUGGCCUACCGCCAUUUGGGCAUCCCUGUGCCAGGCCACAUCACGGCCCACUCAACCAGGAGCGCCGCCACUUCCGUGGCUUGGUCGACCCAGGCAUCUCUGGAGGAAGUCUGCAAGGCUGCCACAUGGACCAGCAUCAGACCCUUCAUUCGCAACUAUAUGCUGGAUUCCUUUGCCUCAGCUGAGGCAUCCUUCAGUUGCCGGUCUGAAUCUGGCAAAAGCUUUUGUCGGAACAGUUCCUUUUUGGUUUACGGAAUAACCCAUACAGGAGAGAUGCCCUACAAGUGCUUCCAAUGUGGUAAAUCCCUUAGCGAAAAUGGCAACUUGGUGAUACAUCUGAGAACUCACAGCAGGGAGAAGCCAUAUGACUGUCCAGAUUGUGCGAAACGUUUCAUUGGAUAUUCCCACCUCGUGAGACACCCGAGGACUCACACAGGAGAGAAACCCUUUGAAUGUCCUGUUUGUGUUAAAGGUUUCAGUAAGAAUUCUGACCUGGUGAAACACCAGAGGACUCACACUGGAGAGAAACCAUUUGAAUGUCCUGUUUCCGGGAAAAGUUUCAGUCAGAAUUCUAACCUGGCGAAAUACCCGAGGACUCACACAGGACAAAAACCCUUAGAAUGUCCUGUUUGCGGGAAAGGUUUCAGUCAGAAUUCAUAUCUGGUGAAACACCAGAGGACUCACACUGGAGAGAAACCAUUUGAAUGUCCUGUUUGUGGGAAAUGUUUCAGUCACAAUUCUAACCGGGUGAACCAUCAGAGGACUCACACAGGAGAAAAACCCUUCGAAUGUCCUCUUUGUGGGAAAUGUUUCAGACAAAAUUAUGACCUGGUGAAACACCAGAGGACUCACACUGGAGAGAAACCAUUUGAAUGUCCUGUUUGCGGGAAAAGUUUCAGUCAGAAUUCUAACCUGGCAAAACACCAGAGGACUCACACAGGAGAAAAACCCUUUGAAUGUCCUGUUUGUGGGAAAUGUUUCAGUGAGAAUUCUCACCUGGCAAAACACCAGAGGACUCACACAGGAGAAAAACCCUUCAAAUGUCCUCUUUGUGGGAAAUGUUUCAGACAGAAUUAUGACCUGGUGAAACACCAGAGGACUCACACAGGAGAAAAACCCUUUGAAUGUCCUGUUUGCGGGGAAAAAUUCAGUCAGAAUUCUGAACUGGUGAAACACCAGAGGACUCACACAGGAGAAAAACUCUUUGAAUGUCCUGUUUGCGGAAAAAAAUUCAAUCAGAAUUCUGAACUGUUGAAACACCAGAAGACUCACACAGGAGAAAAACCCUUUGAAUGUCCUGUUUGCGGGAAAAGUUUCAGUCAGAAUUCUGACCUGAUGAAACACCAGAGGACUCACACAGGAGAAAAACCUUUUGAAUGUCCUGUUUGCGGGAAAAGUUUCAGUGAGAAUUCUAACCUGGUGAAACACCAGAGGACUCACACAGGAGAAAAACCUUUUGAAUGUCCUGUUUGCGGGAAAAGUUUCAGUCAGAAUUCCAGCUUGGUUAAACACCAGAGGACUCACACAGGGGAGAAACCCUUUGAAUGUCCUGUUUGUGGGAAAAGUUUCAGUCAGAAUUCUAACCUACUGAACCAUCAGAGGACUCACACGGGAGAGAAACUCUUUGAAUGUUCUGAUUGUGGGAAAAGUUUCAGUCAGAAUUCAUAUCUGGUGAAACAUCAGAAGACUCACACAGGAGAGAAACCCUUUGAAUGUCCUGUUUGCGGGAAAGGUUUCCGUUACAGUUCCAACUUGGUAAGACAUAAGAAAAUUCACACAAGAGACAAACCCUUUGCAUGUGUAGAAUGUGGGAAAAGUUUCAAUGAAAAUUCUUACCUGGUGAAACACCAGAGGACUCACACAGGAGAUAAACCUUUUGAGUAACGUGAUUGUAGGUAUAUUUCAGUCAGAAUUGCAACUUGGUAAAACACCAGAGGACUCACACAGGAGAGAAACCCUUUGAAUGUCCUGUUUGUAGCAAACGUUUCUGUCAGAAUUUGAACCUGGUGAUAUACCGGAUGUCACAUAUCAAUGCCUGACCUCCCAUGCCAGGGGGCAGGGAGGACUUGCUAGGGCUAACCCGCAAGGACCACCCUCACCCUUGACCCCUCCUUACUUAGCUCUGCCCCACAGGUACUUAAGGUCCGGCCAUGCGGUCCAGGUCCAGGUCCAGCUGACCACCUGUAAGAUUAAGACAUGCUGUAAUUAAAGAUUCAUUGAUUUAACACUUGCUGAGUGUGAUGGAGUUAUUGGGCCUGAUCCUCGAACACUCCUAACAAAAUGGUAGCAGAGGAUGGUUGAAUAGCCCAAAUACUCCAGGAUAUGCCAAGGAAACCCAAGCCGACAGAAACAACGAGCAGAGUGAAUACCAGGGCAUUCACGAAGAAAAUGGCAGAGCAGACCCAGUCGGCAGAAACCAUGCAGAGGGAGAUGCUGGAGGCGAACGAGCAGUUUUCCAGCCCAGGCAGCCCAACCCGAACCAGCGAAGGAAGACCCGAAACGGAAAAUGGAUCCGAAGCAAACGCACACAGAGAAAAUGACCUCAAGAGGAAACUUCUAAGGCUGAUCAACUUGGCCCCAACCAAAGCAGACCUCAUCACGGAACUCCGAAACCUGGUCGACGAUUGCAGAGCAGCGAGUGAGGAAGAUGAGGCCGAGUCAGACCACGCAGCCGACGACACAAUAGGAGACGAUUGCCCCUGCCAGAGAACCACCGAAAAGGCCGAAAACGAAUUCAUGCCAUUUUCGCGGUGGCCAUCUUGGAUGAUGACAUCACCCAAGAUGGCCGACCAACGACCAAUAGACUCCCAGGAUUCAAAUCCUAUGGCGGGAAUCGGGGCCUACUCCAAAGUAACAGCCCAAAACAACUGCAAUGACUGGGGCGACCCUGACACAAAACCCACGAGCUCGCCUACCAAGCUCGAGAUCGACAAGGCCAUACGAUUACUAACCGCGGCCUUUGGGACAAAAAUAAAGUUACCGGGCACAUAUUCCGACCUCCCGGAGGGGCCCAAAAGGAACACCGACGCGCGAGAGGCAGUCACCGAUGCCUACCCAGAGAGGGCAACCACUGUGACAUGGGCACAGUGUCAACCGCGACCCACCGGGGACCUCCCAAGGCCCACACCAAGACUCGUGCCGGAAUGCCAGGGAUGCCACGACUACUCACCCGAGCGACGGUCACAGCUGAGGCUCUUGGAGUCACCGGCGAACGUGGGACCCGGCCCGAUCCCCGGAUGCAGCUUCCAUGCUAGGCCGGGCCAUCCGCACCUCCACGCGAGCUCCGCGGGCCUUCCGAUCUUCCCCGUCGACCCGAGAGUCUUCCCGGUGAUCCAGACGACCACCAGAGGAAUCUUCGACCACGCGAGGCCACCCAAGAGCAAGCCGAGGGGCCAUCCGGACGAGUGGGGCCUUCAUCCAGGAGCUACGGGUCCAAGUUCCUUCCCCGACGAGUCCUGGGCAAGAAUGAAUCCCGAGCAUGCGCAGAUCCCGCCUGCAAGGAGAAAAGAAAAGACCAUAGAAGCAAGUCAGUACAGACUCGCACCAAGCAUCCCUUUGCCAUACUGCAAGUUCCCUUAUGCACAAAACCAUGGCCAGCGACAUCCUGUAAGUAAUUCCACUUAUAAUUCAGGGACAUUGCCAACUGACUUUCCAAAGUUAAGAUUAGAUGGGACUAAUUUCUUGGAGUGGAAUCAGCAACUCCAGGUCAUACUUUUAAAGGAGAAUUUGCUAUUCCUGGUUACUGACCCCCCUGAAAAACCAUGGACUUUUGAUUUAGACUGUAUGCAUCAUAAGGCGUACUACAUGUUAAUUGCUAGCGUUUCGCCUAGUAUUUACCCCAGCAUCAGCCAUCACCUAACAGUUUCUGAACUGAUACACAAAAUGAAUGAAUAACCUAUUCUACAGUAAGAGCGUAGCCACUACCACAGAAUUUCCAGGGAGUUCCACUCAGCCAGGCUUAGGCCAGGAACCUCUAUGAGUGAACACUUACUAACAUUAAACACUACUAGGGCGGAACUAAUACAGAGAGGGGAGGUCAUAACUGAGGGGAGCAUGAUCAGCAUUAUUAUUAAUUUGCUGGACUCCAGCUGGGACAAUUUCAUUACACAGUUGGAUAGCCUCAACAUAGAACAGCUUACAUUAGAGACACUGACUAAUAAACUCAUAGCCGAAGACAACUUAAGGAAGGACCACUCAUCAUGCCGCAGAGAAUAUAAACCAGUCAAAAGGGUGGAGUUCCAAAGCAGGAAUCACAGCGUAACUGAGUGUUUCCUGUGUGGUUCCAGGAAUCACUAUAAGAGGGACUGCCCCAAAAAUGCAAGAGAUAGGGACCGAUUCUACCACAGGGACAGGCCAGACCAUAAGCUAAGACCCUCAGAUAGGUAUUCACCCGACAACAGGCACAGACGUAGGGAUUCCCCAAACCCCAGAGACAGAAGGAGACAUCGGGAUAGUUCCAGAGAAAGCCAGACAGGAUCACUGUAUGGACUUGGGGACCAGGAACACGACAUUAGCCAAAACAAGGGAGAGGGCACGUGGCUCCUAGAUUCAGGGGCUACCAUACAACAUACGAUAGGAGAUCACUCACAUCAUUCACCAAGGCAAGUUUUAUAAUUAAAGUGGCAAACCAAAAUAAUGUUCAGGUAACUGGAAAAGGGAACACGUACAUACCAGGGAUAAGAGUGAUAGAGGGGGUAUUGCUCGUACCAGAAAUACCAUAUAACAUACUCGCCACAUUAAAACUGAGCAGAGACAACAACGUUGAAAUUACAUUCAGAGAAGGGAAGGCACAUAUAACAAAGGAAGGUAAGAGCAUAGGGAGAACCCUAGUCAGGGGAGGCCUACCAUACUUCCACCCAGACAGCGACACACAUCCCAGAGUCAAUGCCAACCUCAGAGUCAAGCUAGAUACUGCAGCCAGCGGGAACAAAGAGGGCAACAAUGAAGAAGUAGAGGGGGACAGCCGCAAACACACAUCCGAUGACCCGAUCGUUCAUGAGUCACCUGAUAGGGGGAAACCAUCGAUAGGGAAACCCAUCCAUGAUAACUGUGCACACCUUUUACAUAGGAAGCUGGGGCACAUUAGUUUUCCAGUUGUACAGAAAAUGGUUGAUUGUUCUGAAGGUGUAAAAUUAAAAAACUGUGAGAACUAC